AUGAAUGGAUCGUCAGCAGUGAACGGUCCACCAGCUGAACAAUUAAUUGGAAAAUUCCAAGUUAUUAAUCUUGAUAAAUUACCCGUAAAUACUGUUGUUAAUCAUGAUGAUACCAGUCUACCAGUAUCAGCCAUUCCGGAUGAAUCAGGAAAUCCGUCACGUUUUCAAAUGAUUCGUGUUGAUAGAAAUUUUGGACGUGGUCGAUGGAAAGUCAAUGAUUAUGAACCACCGGAAAAUCUUGUAGCGGCAAUUAUUCCGCCAGUAAACACCAUUGAAAAUGAGACGAUUAGCAUUGCUAAUAAUUCCACAUUCGCAAAUUUGCCAACAACCACAGCAACAACAACAACAACGAUUCCUAAUGUUCCAGUAGCUGUUGUACCAACUGUAGUUCCUGCUGAUACAAAUUCAGCGGCUGCUGCUGCUGCUGCUGCUGUUGCUGUUGCAACUGCAUUUCAACAACAACAAAUGGCUCUUAAAAAUGCUCCAACUCUAGUUCCAGCAGCUAAUGUUCCUCCUCCACCUGGACUUCUUCAUGCAUAUCAAACUGCAACGUUACCUAAUCAACCUUAUCUUUUACCAAAUCACCCUCAAUUCGGUUACUAUCCAUUCUAUCCAACACCAUAUGCACCUUACCCAGCAUCGUGGGCUGCAGCUGCUGCAGCUCUAGCUGCUUCAAAUCCUUAUCUACAACCUCCGACAUUACCACCACCUACAGCAACCGCAUCUAUCACUGAUCCUAUUCGACUUUCAGAUGCAGCGUCUGAUAUUAAUGCUGAAAAUACAGUGAUGUCUUCUGCUAACUUUACAAAUCCAACAGCUGAUCAACUUCAAAAUGCUCAAUUAGCCGCCGCCGCUGCUGCUGCUCCGUUUCUAUAUGCUGCUCAUCAUUCUCAUGCACCAUAUAUGCCACAAAUAUCAUCAACAACAUCACCCUAUGCAACAAUACCAUCGUAUCAUCCUCAGCCAACUCUUCCUACGAUUGUUCCACGAAAUCAGCCAAUGCCAAUUUUUGCACCUUCUCAAAUGAUUUCAAGUACAGCAGCUGACCUACAAUCAUCAUAUCAAACACCUAUAUUUGCUUUGCCAAGAUAUGAUACAAACCAAACCAAUACUCAACAAUCAUCAACAACAAGAACUAAACCUUUAGGUACAACCCUAGUCAAUGGGUUUACUAAUGAACCAUCAUAUACAACACAAGUAGCUGAUUUAAUAUCUUCAUCUCCACUAAUAACAACAUCUGACUCAAUGGCACCAUCACUAAUUUCACCUAUAAAAACAACAACAUUUAGUGAUAUAUUGACGUAUACAGCAGGUGGUUCACCAUUAAAUUUAACGCAAAAAGUUGCUGCCACGGAUCUAUUAAAUAAUAACAAUAGUCAAAAUACUGAAAUCACUAAUGAAAUUCUUAAAGAAUUAACAACACCAACAAAACAAAAUAAUACAACUGAUAUUGACAGCAAAAUUUCAGCUGCUAUGGAUCUUGUUAAAAUGCAUUUGUUGUCGGCUGUUCGUGAUGAAGUCACUGAGUUGCGACAACAAAUUCGAACAUUGAACGACAUAGUGAGUAAUGCAGAACAUGAAAAUGCAUUCCUUCGACAGUACGUACCCAGUGAAAUCUGUGCUCAAUAUAUUCCGACAGUUAUCGGUAUAACUUCUUCGGAUGAAUCGACCAAUCCAACUGCAACUACUAGUCUAUCUUCGAUCUGUUUAUCAUCGUCUAGUCAACCGGCACUUAUCAAUUCUCUAUCAUCUAAUCCAGCGUCAUUAGCUCAACAGCCAACGCCGUUACCUAUUAAUCUACAGCUACCUAUUACAACUACGAGCAUUGCGCCAACAUGA